AGGAAGCCGAACAAAUGAAGAGAGUAAUGUAGAUGUAAUUAUAAUGAUUAUAUAUCUUAAUAUGGGAGAAAACAAAAGAUGUUUGAUGGUAAUCAUUCUUAUUCAAGCCAUUAACGCCGGCAUGUUUUUGCUUUCAAAGGCAGCAUUCAACGCCGGAAUGAAUCAUUAUGUCUAUAUUUUUUAUCGCCAGGUCGCCGCCACUGUCUUCCUUUCUCCCUUAGCCUUUUUUCGACGAAAAGUCACCCCUCCUUUGACAUUCUUUACCUUCUGCAAGAUUUUUUGUCUCUCUUUGUUGGGGAUAGCCAUAUGUUUAAAUUUGUAUGGAAUUGCUCUCGUGUACACUUCAGCAACAUUGGCUGCAGCAACUUCCAAUUGUCUUCCUGUCAUCACUUUCUUUGUUGCGCUUUUACUUAGGAUGGAGGUGUUGAGGUUGAAAUCAAUAGCAGGAGCUGCAAAGAUAGCAGGAAUAUUAUUUUGCAUCGGUGGUGUUGCGAUUUUGGCAUUUUACAACGGCCCCCAAUUGAAUUUGUUUAACAAUCACCAUCAUCUCUUUCCUAUCCAUAAACCUAAUAAUAAUCACCAUUCUUCCUCUCUUCCAUUGCCCAAUUCUUGGUUGAUGGGUUGCUUUUUGAUGCUAUCUUCCAAUACCUUAUGGAGUGUUUGGGUUGUUCUUCAGGCAUUGGUAUUGAAAAGCUAUUCUUCCAAGCUUCAGUUGACAAAUCUUCAAUGUUUAUUAAGUUCAUUUCAAUCAUUUGGUAUUGCCAUUGCAAUGGAAAGACAACCUCAUAAAUGGAAACUUGGUUGGAAUCUUCAGCUUCUUGCAGUCAUAUAUUGUGGCAUGAUGACCGCGGUUACAUUUUGUCUUCAAGCUUGGGUUAUUGAGAAGAAAGGACCAGUUUAUUUAGCCAUGUCUACACCUUUGGCUCUUAUCAUCACAGCCUUCUUUUCUGCUAUAUUUCUUGGUGAGAGUAUCACUCUUGGAAGUACUUUAGGAGGAAUGUUGUUGGUGGGAGGGCUGUAUUUUGUGCUAUGGGGAAAGAACAAAGAGCAAACAAUAAGUGAAACAUUGAAAGAAGGUACCAAAGAAGGCAACGACAUUGAAGAAGGGAAAGAUAUCACUAAAGUAGAACAAUAAAAAUACAACUAUGGAGAUCAUAACAGAUUGUACUAUGGAGAUAACAGAUCGAAGCUCUUUAACCUCAAAAGUAGAAGAUUAUGAGAAUAUUCAA